AUGCACAUUCUUCAGCGUGCCCCGAUAGAUGUUGAGGCAACACUUGCCUCGCUGACAUUAUCUGAGAAGGUCUCUCUCCUUUCAGGCGCCGACUUCUGGCACACCGAGGCCCUACCAUCCCACAACAUCCCCUCAGUGAAAUGCACUGAUGGACCUAACGGAGCCAGAGGCGGUCGUUUCUUCAAUCCCGUCCCCGGACUCUGCAUUCCCUGCGGAACGGGAUUGGGCGCCACUUGGAAUCCCGACCUGCUUUACGCCGCAGGCCAGCUCCUCUCACGAGAGUGCGAGGCCAAGGGCGCCCAUGUUUGGUUGGGUCCUACGGUCAACUUGGUCCGUGGUCCCCUCAACGGACGCGGCUUUGAGAGCUUCUCUGAAGAUCCCUACCUGAGCGGUGUGCUGGCUACAGCCAUUAUUCGCGGAGUGCAGAGUCGAGGAACGCUCGCUGCUCUGAAGCACUUUGUGGCUAAUGACCAAGAGACUGACAAAAUGUCGACUGAUAUUUGCAUGUCUGAGAGGGCCUUGCGAGAGGUGUAUCUCAAGCCUUUUCAGAUGGCUGUCAGAGAUGGAAAACCAAGGGUUGUAAUGUCGUCCUAUAACAAGGUCAACGGUACCCACGUUUCGGAAAGCCAGAAGCUUCUAGACCAAAUACUAAGGCAGGAAUGGCGCUUUGAUGGCCUCAUCAUGAGUGAUUGGUUCGGCACUUAUGGGUGCAGUCGCUCCUUGAACGCCGGCGUGGAUAUUGAGAUGCCCGGCCCAUCGAGGCACCGAGCUGAUAAAGUCAUCGUGGCUGUCACUUCAGGCAAGGUGUCUGUGGACACGAUCGACGAAAGAGCUAGGAAAGUACUCGAAUUUGUCAACAACACGGCUGCAGCGCGAGUCUCACCAAAAGAGACAACUCGUGAUUUGCCGGAGGAUCGGGCCUUCAAUCGACGUCUCGCCCAGGAGAGUAUCGUUCUUCUCAAGAACUCGGAAAACAUUCUUCCCCUUAGACCCCAGGACUGUCAAGACGUUGCCGUUAUUGGCCCGAACGCCAAGCUUCCUGCCGCUUGUGGAGGGGGAAGUGCUAAUUUGCGACCCUACUACACGAGCUCCGUCUUCCAAGGAAUUCGAGAUCAAUUACCAUCCUCAGCACGUCUUCAUUCUGAGCCAGGCGUAUUCGGGCAUCUUCUCUUGCCCUACUUCACAAGCGAACACGUCGUCGAUGAGUUUGGGCAACCAGGGGUGUCCGUCGCAUUCUUUAAUGAGCCUGAUUCUGUCCCGGAUAGAAAACCCUUUGACAGUCAAAACGUUCCAGAUACUACCUACCAGCUUAUGGACUACGACCACCCAGAGAAGAAAGACGUGUUCUAUAUAUCAAUGCGGGCAGACUACAGACCAGAUGUCGACGGUCUGUACGAGUUCGGCCUAGCCAGCUACGGUGUUUCAAGGCUUUACAUCAACGACCAUCUCGUGAUUGACAACGAGGCAGAGCAAUCUCAUUGCGGCAUGUUCUUUGGUCACGGCUCAUCAGAGAAGCGUGGAACUUUUGAGAUGUCGUCAAAUCGUACCUAUCACUUGCGCGUGGAAGCGGGAAAUGCGCUGACGUCCAGGGUGACUGGGGGUGCAAGUUCAAUGUUGCCUUUACCAGGAGGUGCCUGUCGGCUGGGCGGGUGCCUAAAGCUUGAUCCGACCGAGGGAAUUAGCCGGGCUGUCUCUUUAGCAAAACGAUGUCAGCAGGUCUUUGUCGUUGUCGGCUUCAACUCGGAUCUAGAGAAGGAGGGCAAGGAUAGAGACUCGAUGGCACUUCCACCCCACGUCGACGAUCUCGUCUCAGCCGUACUAGAGGUUCAACCAAACACCAUAGUGGUUACUCAGGCUGGUAAUCCAGUGGCUAUGCCAUGGCGUCACAAGGCCAAAAUAAUUCUUCACAGCUGGUAUGGGGGCAAUGAAGCAGGAAACGCAGUUGCCGACGUUAUCUUUGGCAAGAUAAAUCCCAGCGGAAAGCUGCCGAUGACGUUUCCUAACCGACUCGAGGACGGGCCUACAUAUCUGAGCUUCGGAAGUGACAACGGCCAAAUAUACUAUGCGGAGGAUGUGUUCGUUGGACAUAGAUGGUUCGAGGCUCGUGGUAUUGAUGUUGCAUUUCCAUUUGGGCACGGUCUGAGCUACACGACGUUUGGAAUAUUCAACAUCAGAAUGGAAGGCACUAAUGUCCUGGUGGAUGUUAAAAACACUGGGAACUUGACGGGUGCUGAAGUGCUACGACUAUACAUCACGUUCAACACGACCAAAUCUGGCAGGAGGUCUAGAUUCUUGCGGCCACUUCGAACGCUUGCGGGCUUCCAGAAGUCUCUUCUAGAGCCUUCACAAAGCAAAACCGUGGUCAUGCCUCUAGAUAAGUAUAGCACGGCUGUCUGGGAUGUCAAAAGUGACAGCUGGUGUCGUGAAGCGGGCACGUACACGAUUUCUGUUGUGAGUUCGAGUGGGUGGUUGGAAGCGGAUUUUGUUGAAGGCAAGGAUAAUUAUUGGAACGGGCCUUGA